GCAACUGUCAGAUAAUAUAAUUUAAUUUUAAUAAAGCGAAUUAAAGAUCUUUAAGUAGACAAACAAUGGAAUCUAACACAGAUAAGAAAAAGGAAUUUAUUAAAAGUAUUGUGAAACAAGCAAGGGGCGAAGAAAUGACCGUUUAUAUUGAGAGAUCCCUGACUGAAUUGCGUGCUGUAAAUUCCCGUCGAGCAGCUAGAAUCGCUGAUAUGAACAAGCAGAUGGAAUUACUGAUGGCCGAGAAGUACGCAUAUUUGAUCUAUCUUAACAAUGUCAAACAGGAUCAAAAUCCUGUGCUAGGAAUUGAUGUUGUUAGAUCCAAAAACGAAAAUAUAAUGAAGAAUCUAAAUAGGCUGAUCAAGGCGAAAAGCUCUGUGGCUGAGGCCUACCACGAGCACUGUAAGAAAGCUCUUGAGGCCAAAGUGGAACUGCGACAGCAGAGUUCCUUCGAUGAAUUCACAUCCAUGCCAUUCCAUGAACUGCAGAAACACAUUAAAAAGAUGAAAAAGGAAGUGGUCGAAAUACGUGAAAUGACGGCUUCGAAAGCCAAGGAGCUAAUUACCAAACAAAAGUUAUUAAGAGAAACCAAAAAGUCCUUGGCCUAUGAAACCCGUGUUCUGUCUAACAUUGAAAGAGAUGCCAUGGAAACAUUUGAAGAUCUAAAAUCGAAGAUUCAAUUUGAGCAGUUAAAAAUCGUAUAAAACUACACAUUUUGAAAUUUCUGUCAAGUAUUGGGUUACCUUUCUGAAAAAGUCAAGCUUAAAUACGAACGACGAAUAUAAACAUUCAGUUUAUGUACUCUUAGGUAAUACCCAAAUG